CGUAGUCCGUAGCGUGCCAGACUUCCUGCGCGCUUCCCUGGCCUCCGCCAGGUUCGGGACGCCAUGGCUGCGCCGCCGGCCUCCGCGGACGCUGCCCCUUCGCCCCUACAAUCUGCUGUGGCCCCAGACGUGCCUGGCCGCCCAGCCGAGCAAACUGAGACCGCGUGUGAGGACCGCAGCAACGCAGGGUCCUUGGACAGACUCUUCCCACCAGUGGGUACCGGGCGCUCGCCCCGGAAGCGUACCACCAGCCAGUGCAAGUCAGAGCCACCCCUGCUUCGCACGAGCAAACGCACCAUCUACACAGCCGGGCGGCCACCAUGGUACAAUGAACAUGGCACACAGUCCAAGGAGGCCUUUGCCAUUGGCUUGGGAGGUGGCAGUGCAUCUGGGAAGACCACCGUAGCCAGGAUGAUCAUUGAAGCGCUAGAUGUGCCCUGGGUGGUCCUGCUGUCCAUGGACUCCUUCUAUAAGGUUCUGACGCAGCAGCAGCAGGAACAGGCUGCCUGCAACAACUUCAACUUUGACCACCCUGAUGCCUUCGAUUUUGACCUCAUCAUUUCGACCCUCAAGAAACUAAAGCAGGGCAGGAGCGUCCAAAUACCCAUCUAUGACUUCACCACCCAUAGCCGGAAAAAGGACUGGAAAACACUAUAUGGUGCAAAUGUCAUCAUCUUUGAAGGCAUCAUGGCCUUUGCUGACAAGACACUGCUGGAGCUCCUAGACAUGAAGAUCUUUGUAGACACAGAUUCUGAUAUCCGACUGGUACGGCGGCUACGCCGGGACAUCAGCGAGCGAGGUCGGGAUAUUGAGGGCGUCAUUAAGCAGUACAACAAGUUUGUCAAGCCUGCCUUCGAUCAGUAUAUCCAGCCCACCAUGCGCCUGGCAGAUAUUGUAGUGCCCAGAGGGAGCGGGAACACAGUAGCCAUUGACCUGAUUGUGCAGCACGUUCACAGCCAGCUGGAAGAGAGGAAGCUGCGUUGGGAUAUGGCUGCGUUGGCCUCAGCCCACCAGUGCCAUCCCCUUCCCCAGACACUGAGUGUCCUCAAGAGUACACCACAGGUUCUGGUCCAUCCUGUUCUAAAGCUUCCUUAUUCCACCAUCAGGGACAAGGAGACUAGCCGGGAUGAAUUCAUUUUCUAUUCCAAAAGAUUGAUGCGGCUGCUUAUUGAACAUGCACUGUCCUUCCUACCCUUCCAGGACUGCACUGUACAGACCCCACAGGGGCAGGACUACGUGGGGAAAUGCUAUGCUGGAAAGCAGAUCACCGGCGUGUCCAUCCUGCGAGCAGGGGAAACCAUGGAGCCUGCGCUGCGUGCCGUGUGCAAGGAUGUGCGCAUCGGCACUAUCCUCAUCCAGACCAACCAGCUCACAGGGGAGCCUGAGCUCCACUACCUAAGACUUCCCAAGGAUAUUAGUGAUGACCACGUGAUCCUGAUGGACUGCACAGUAUCCACAGGAGCCGCAGCCAUGAUGGCUGUUCGUGUGCUCCUGGACCAUGAUGUGCCCGAAGACAAGAUCUUCUUGCUAUCCCUGCUCAUGGCAGAGAUGGGUGUGCACUCUGUGGCCUAUGCGUUUCCACGUGUGAGGAUUAUCACCACAGCUGUGGACAAGCGUGUCAAUGACCUUUUCCGUAUCAUCCCAGGCAUUGGGAAUUUUGGUGAUCGCUACUUUGGGACAGAUGCAGUUCCUGAUGGCAGUGAUGAGGAAGAGACAGCCUCUGUGGGUUAGUUCCCAGUCGGAGCUACUCUCAUUUCUAUCCAGAUUGCAGAGAUAACACAUUAACUUAUUUGAAUGUAAAAAUGUUACCAAUGAUACUCAGUUUACAAAAUAAAUAAAGCUUUAGAAAAAUGAAGGUGUAGCAGAAUGUAUUCUGGGUGGGCUCUGCUGAGGCAGUCUCCCCAAAGUGUUUGUAGUAGAUUAGGUUUAACCCCCAUAGAUUCAUGUGUUUGAAUGCUUAGCCCACAGGGAGUGGCAAUAUUAGGUGUGGCCUUGUUGGAAAGUGUCAUUGUGGGGGUGGGCUUUGAGGUCUCAUAUAUGCUCAAGCCACGCCCAGUACAGUUCUGUUGCCUGCAGAACAAGAUGUAGAACUCUCAGCGUCUUCUCCAACACCGUGUCUGCCUGCACGCUGCCAUGUUUCCCGCCAUGAUGAUAA